CAGGAGCAGCACCAGCAUCCCCUCUCCGCUGAAAUAGCCACUGGAGAAGGAGGGGAAGGAGAGGGGGGGAGAAGAGGAUACAGGGAAGAAAGAGGGAGGUAAAAGCCGCGCCUCGCAGCCCACCGUGCUGUGCCAGCGUCAGGCUAGGGAAGUAAGGGGAAACCCACCCCCUUGGGCGAGGAUUCGGAGACAAAGGAAGCUUCAUGUUCAAAGGACCAGUGGAGAACAAAAACGAAGCAGCCAUGUCUGAGCUGGUCCCAGAGCCACGACAAAAACCAGUCGUACCAAUGAAACCCAUGGGUAUUAACGCUAACUUGCUGGGCUACAUCGGUAUUGACACCAUCAUUGAGCAGAUGCGUAAGAAAACGAUGAAGACAGGUUUCGACUUCAACAUCAUGGUUGUAGGUCAGAGUGGACUGGGAAAAUCAACACUGGUGAACACCCUCUUCAAAUCCCAGGUGAGCCGCAAAUCUUCAGGAUGGAACCGGGAGGAGAAGAUCCCCAAGACGGUGGAGAUCAAAGCCAUUGGGCAUGUCAUUGAAGAAGGUGGUGUCAAAAUGAAGCUGACAGUGAUCGACACACCAGGAUUUGGGGACCAGAUCAACAACGAGAACUGCUGGGAGCCUAUUGAGAAAUACAUCAACGAGCAAUAUGAAAAAUUUCUGAAAGAGGAGGUGAAUAUUGCAAGGAAGAAACGAAUUCCAGACACGCGGGUGCACUGCUGCCUCUACUUCAUCUCCCCCACAGGCCACUCCUUGCGGCCUUUGGACCUGGAGUUUAUGAAACAUCUCAGCAAAGUAGUGAACAUCAUCCCAGUUAUUGCCAAGGCUGACACCAUGACCUUGGAGGAAAAGACUGAAUUCAAACAAAGAGUACGCAAAGAACUAGAAGUAAAUGGGAUCGAGUUUUACCCCCAGAAAGAAUUCGAUGAGGACUUGGAGGAUAAAACAGAGAACGACAAAAUCAGGCAGGAAAGCAUGCCCUUUGCAGUAGUGGGCAGCGACAAGGAAUACCAAGUGAAUGGCAAAAGAGUCCUGGGCAGGAAAACACCUUGGGGAAUCAUUGAAGUGGAAAACCUGAAUCACUGUGAAUUUGCCCUACUUCGAGAUUUCGUCAUCAGGACCCACCUUCAGGACCUGAAAGAAGUGACCCACAACAUCCACUAUGAGACCUAUAGGGCCAAGCGGCUGAAUGACAAUGGAGGGCUGCCCCCCAUGACUGUGGAGACAGAGGAAAACCAUGAAAGUAACCUGUGAAUGACAUACACAGCCCUCCCCACUGUCACCCAGUGUCUCUGGAUAUGACAACCCACCCCUGCUACCCUUGAGUCUACCAUGGCCCCAUCUUGAAACACGUGGUGUAUCCUCCAUGUGUGUGAGACGAUGCAAGUGUGUGUGUGUGUGCACCUACCUAUGUGCCAGAAAAUGACCAAAGGUGAGGUCUCCCCUGUCCUUCCCAGAGUGUCCUCAUUCUCAGUUAGUUUUUUGCAUAGCAGACUGUCCGUCAUGUUCCUUUCUCUUGUUUCUGUGUCUCAGCUCUCUGUCUUGUCUGGGGGGAAUAGGGAUGAGGGGAAGGAUUUCUAGGAGCAGGAGAGGUUUGAAGGUGGGAGGUGUGGGUCAUGCUGUCGUCCUGUUUUAAUCACUUGGAGACACAGUAAGGAGAGACUCCAGGAGAGAUGGUGGAGCCAGUGCUUGCAGUGUCUUCAAGUGAGGGCAGCAGAGAUUUCUCUUGGCUCCUCGGUGGGUGGGAAGGCAGCUGGUUGCAAUGAGGGCAUGGUAGCCCAGCAUUUUAAGCCCACUUCUUGCUGUGGCUUCCCAAGGGGAAAUGGCAGCUUGGAAGUGGAUGAGAGAAGUGACAGACUGACACAUUUUGUGGUUCAGAGGAAGUGACCAGUGGGAGGAGACAGAAUUAGUUCUUGGGCUGUAGCAUCUAUUUGAGAAGCAUCAAAGUGCUUGAGGAAAAUAGCU